AUGCAAAUGGAUGAAGUGCUGUAUAGCAUUGCUGAAAAGGUCAAGAACUUUGCGUGUAUAUAUCUGGUUGACAUCACAGAGGUUCCAGAUUUCAACAAGAUGUAUGAAUUAUACGAUCCAUGCACCACCAUGUUUUUUUUCCGUAACAAACACAUCAUGGUUGAUUUGGGUACUGGUAACAACAACAAGAUCAACUGGGCAUUAGACGAUAAACAAGAGAUGAUUGAUCUCGUAGAGACAGUGUACCGUGGUGCGAGAAAAGGAAGAGGUUUAGUUGUAUCACUCAAAGAUUAUUCGACAAAGUAUCAAUAUUAA